GGAGAGCCUGCCUAACCUAAAACCCUCACCUUAUCCUCUCCUUCCUCCCCCCUUCCACCACCUCCUCCGACGAGGAGAAUCCGACUGCUUCCACAGCUGCUUCUGGCUCCUUUGCUUGUGGGCGGUGCAAGAGGUGGUAGCCAUGUCCACCACCGACGCCCGAGUCGCGCCCGUGGCCGACGAGCGGCCCCCGGCGGCUGAUGGGGGCGUAGUUGCGGCGGCGGACGGGAGCAAGAGCGUCGGGACGGCGGAGGUAGAGGUUGGUGGCGGAGGGGAAGCGGAGGAGGUUAGAUUUGAGGGUACAGGGAAGAGUUUUGGUGGUUCGGAGGGCGAGAACGGGGUGGUGGAGGCGGGUGACGGCGAGGGGGUGGAAGCGCCGGUAGAUGUGAAAGAUGAAAGCGCGAUUGAGGUGGUGGAGGAGGCGGCGGGAGAUAAGGUGGACGGAGGAGACUGGGAAUCGGCGGUGGGAGAUGUGAAGGCUGCGUCGUUGGCUACUGAGACGGUGGUAGUGGAGUCGGAGAACGGGAAAUUGGGCGAGGGGGAUGCUUCCCUCUCUACCCCUGAUGCGCCGGUAGGUGAAGAGAAAGGUGAAUUGAGCGACGAACUGGAGAAAAGUGCAACUUUGGAGGUGGAGGAUGUGGGCAAGGUGGCGGAUGAUGCUGAAUUGUCCGAGGAGAAACUGGAGGGCGUGAAGGAUGCAGAUGUGGUCACUGGAGGCGAGGAAGAUGGUGAUUUCGGCAGCAAGGAGGAGGUUAUGGCUUCCACCAGGAGCACGGAGGCGGCAGAACCAGAGGAUAAGGUGGCUCCUUUAGCUGAAGCUAAUGGCAAAUUGGGCGGCGAGGCUGAAUUGUCUGCUGAGAUGGGGGUGGUGGCAGAUGAAGAAGCUCCAGAAGCAUCAUUGGAGAAGGAGCUUGAUGUUGAAGACAAGGCCGCAAAUCCAGAGCCAGAAAGUGAUGCAGGUCCAGUGGCUAUUGAUGGCGGUAGCUUGGAGAACCAUACUAAUGUGGUUUCAAAGUCCGAGCCAGAGAACGAUGAAAGUCCAGUAGUUGUUGAUAACAGUAGCUUGGAGAACCAUGCUAAUUUGGAAGACGAAGCGGCAAAGACCGAGCUGGAGAUAGCUGGAAGUCCAGUGGUUAUUGACGACAGUAGCUUGGAGAACCAUGUUAAUGUGGAAGACAAAGCGGCAAAGCCAGAGCCAGAUUUUGAAGCAAGUCCGAUGGUUACUGAUGCUGAUGGAUUGGGGAGCUUGGAGAAGCUUGCUCCUCCAAGUGGAGACAUUGUGUACGAGGAAAGUACCGAGAAGGCGCAAAAUGCCGAAGGCCAGGUAGUUGCCAAUGAAAAGGCAGAUGAUAUUGAUGGAGAGAACCCUACGGAGGAUCAGAGUGUUCUUGCUGGUGGCGCUGAUGUUACCUUGUCUAGAGAGUUGACUCCAGAACCAAUCAAGGAAAACAAUGUUGUCGAGGAGAAUAAUGGUGCUGCGGAGACUGUUAGCCAUGAAGUAGUGGCCAGUAAUGAUGAGAAAGUUGUAGCUGCAGCUAGUGAUGUUCAGAAAGUUAUAGCUGUGGCUAAUGAUGAAAACUUGGGUGACGAGGAGUAUGAAGAUGAUAUAGAGACUUUUGACCGUGACAUACAUGUUGUUGAUGAUGAGAUAGUUUUAGCUGCAGUUGGUGAAGAUGGUGGUGAUAACGAGGUCGAUGAGGACUAUGAUGAGGCAAGCUCUGACAGGAGUCCUGCAAGAGUUGCAAUCAUAGAGAAUUCUGAAGCUGCAAAGCAGAUCAUGAAAGAGCUAGGAGAAGGGUCUUCUAGUGGUAGUCCUGUGUCUGGCUUGAGCAGCUCAAGAGAGUACACUAAUAGCAUGGAUGGCCAGAUUGUGCUUGAUGAUUCUGAGGAUGAGGAUGAUGACGACGAUAAUGAGGAUGACGAUGAGAAGGGAUUUGAUUCUGCUGCCUUGGCUGCCCUUUUGAAAGCGGCAACUGGUGCAUCCCCUGAUGGAAAUAUCACAGUUGCUUCCCAAGAUGGUUCUAGAAUCUUCUCCAUGGACAGACCAGCUGGUCUGGGCUCUUCAGCCCCGUCUUUGAGGCCAACAGCCCCUCGCCAACCUGCCCGGUCAAAUCUCUUCAACCCCUCUGAGCUGGCAAUGACUGCUGAACCUAAUGAAGAGAUGACAGAGGAAGAGAAGAAGUUGCAUGAGAAGGUUGAGCUGAUCCGGGUAAAGUUUCUGCGUCUCGUGUAUAAAUUAGGGGCCACUCCUGAUGAAACAGUAGCAGCACAAGUGCUGUACCGUUUGAGCCUUGCUGAGGGUAUCCGACAAGGAAGGCAGACGAACAGAGCUUUCAGCCUUGAUAAUGCACGGAGGAAAGCCUUGCAGCUUGAAGCAGAGGGGAAAGAGGAUUUGAGUUUCUCGUGCAACAUACUUGUUUUAGGAAAGAUUGGAGUUGGCAAAAGUGCAACUAUAAAUUCUAUUUUCGGUGAAGAGAGGUCCAAAACUGAUGCUUUUGGUGCAGCCACCACCAGCGUGCGAGAAAUUUCUGGUAAUGUAGAUGGCGUCCAGAUACGGAUCAUUGAUACACCAGGCCUUCGACCCAACGUGAUGGACCAAGGAACAAACAGGAAAAUUCUGGCCUCUGUCAAGAAAUAUACCAAGAAAUGUCCUCCAGAUAUCGUUCUAUACGUGGACCGUCUGGAUAGUCUGAGCCGUGAUCUCAAUGAUUUGCCUCUUCUGAAAACCAUCACUGCUGUUCUGGGGUCAUCCAUAUGGUUCAACGCCAUUGUUGCUCUCACCCAUGCUGCUUCUGCUCCUCCUGAAGGCCUCAAUGGUGCCCCUAUGACAUAUGAGGUGUUAAUGGCACAGCGAUCCCACAUUGUGCAGCAAUCCAUCAGACAGGCUGCAGGGGACAUGCGUCUGAUGAACCCAGUAGCCCUUGUUGAGAACCAUCCUUCUUGCCGGAAGAACCGUGAGGGCCAGAAAGUGCUUCCAAAUGGCCAAAGUUGGAGGCAUCAGAUGCUGCUUUUGUGCUACUCUUCAAAGAUAUUAUCGGAAGCCAACUCACUUUUGAAGCUCCAGGACCCUUCUCCUGGGAAGCUUUUUGGGUUCCGCUUCCGCUCCCCGCCACUUCCUUUCCUGCUAUCCUCCCUGUUGCAGUCGAGAGCUCAUCCUAAACUUUCCCCUGACCAGGGUGGUAAUGAAGGAGAUUCUGAUAUUGAAUUGGACGAGUAUUCUGAUAUAGAACAAGAUGAAGAUGAAGAGGAAUAUGAUCAGCUUCCUCCCUUCAAGCCUUUGACCAAAGCUCAGCUUGCAAGACUCACAAAGGACCAGAAGAAUGCUUAUUUUGAUGAGUACGACUACAGGGUUAAGCUCCUCCAGAAGAAGCAGUGGAAGGACGAGCUCCGCAGGUUAAAGGAGAUGAAGAGGAGGGGCAAGUCUGAUCUGGAUUCUUAUGGGUAUGCUAGUAUAGCAGGAGAUGAUCAGGAUCCUCCUCCAGAAAAUGUUUCAGUUCCCUUACCUGAUAUGGUGCUGCCUCCUUCAUUUGAUUGUGACAAUCCCACAUACCGGUACCGCUUUCUGGAGCCAACCUCUACUGUCCUUGCUAGGCCUGUUUUAGAUGCGCAUGGGUGGGAUCAUGACUGCGGUUAUGAUGGAGUAAGUGUUGAAGAGUCUCUCGCUCUCCUUAGCAAGUUCCCGGCUGCUGUGGCAGUUCAGGUCACCAAGGAUAAGAAGGAAUUUAGCAUCCAUUUGGAUUCUUCUGUGUCGGCAAAGCUUGGGGAGGAUGCAUCAUCACUUGCUGGUUUCGACAUCCAGACUGUUGGGCGGCAGCUUGCGUAUAUUCUCCGUGGUGAGACCAAAUUCAAGAGUAUCAAGAAGAACAAGACUACCGGAGGAUUCUCUGUGACUUUCUUGGGUGACAUUGUGGCAACUGGGCUGAAGGUUGAGGACCAGCUCUCUGUUGGUAAGAGGCUGGCCUUAGUGGCGAGCACGGGUGCAAUGCGAGCUCAAGGAGAUACCGCAUAUGGAGCUAACUUGGAGGCACGCCUGAAAGAUAAAGAUUAUCCAAUUGGCCAGUCCUUGUCAACAUUGGGCCUGUCCCUCAUGAAGUGGCGCCGUGACCUUGCCCUGGGGGCUAAUCUGCAGUCGCAGUUCUCGAUCGGAAGGGGUUCGAAGAUGGCGGUUCGUCUUGGGCUGAACAACAAAUUGAGCGGACAGAUCACCGUCAGGACAAGCACCUCGGAGCAGGUCCAGAUCGCGCUGCUGGGUCUUGUCCCAGUGAUAGCUUCCAUCUACCGGAGCUUCCGGCCUGGUGAACCAACGUUUGCUUAUUAGCCUGGCAAGAACAGUGUCUAUUUACUUAUCUCGUCAUCGCCUUGUGUUAGCAAUUUUCCUAAUUUCUUGAACCAUAAUCUGUAUCCAUUUCCAUUUUGUUUCUGCGCCGCAGAUUGUUCCUAUCAUAAUUUUGGCUGAAGAGUGUUGUUAGAUUCAUCUGAACUAUAGUUGAAUAAUGUUGGUAGAUCUGUAUGAUCCUUCUAUCAAUCUAUCUACUACUGGGUGUUGUCUCGUA